ACAAGCAAAAUACUAUAGCAUCAUGUUCAGAAAUACCGUACUUAGAUCAUUGAGAGCACCAGUGCUCGCCCGUGUCCAACCAAUAGUUAGACCAAGUUUAAUCAGACCAAUGCCAACCAUAACAAUGAUUAGAUCAUACGCUGCCUUUCCUGCAUUAACUCGUGAGUUAGCCAAGGAAAGAAUCUUGGAAUUGUUAGAAGGAUACGACAAGACAAUUCUUCCAAAGGAAGGUGAUAUUAGUGAAGAUGCUAGCUUUGUAAAUGACUUAGGUUUGGAUUCUUUAGAUGUUGUUGAAAUUGUUAUUGAAUUAGAACAUGAAUUCAAUAUUCAAAUUCCUGAUAAUGAAGCUGACAGUUUGAAGACUGUUGGUCAAACUAUUGAUUUCAUCAUGGCUCAACCUGAUGCUGUUUAAAACUGCCUGAUGUAUAGUUCCGGAGUAUCCUUUUGAGUAGAGGUACGGCACUUAUAGAAUUCUAUGUAUUUAUUAAUGAAUUACUCG